CACAAGUCCAGUACCCGCGUCUACAGGCGUCUGAAAUUCGAUCAUCCACGGUGAUCAAAGAGGAGGUAGACCUCAACCGAGCACAGCCGUUCCGUCGUCCUCUCCAAGUUCUAGCCGUACUCUUUGACUACCUAUGGCGGAAAGCACACGCCGGUUGCCAUCUUGGAUGCUCGCUACCCCGCCGCCUGCUGCUAGCAGCGAUGCCGCCGAACAACAACCCAAGACCAAUACGAGCAAGGGAGGGCAUCUCAAGGUUUCCCCGAGGAACGGCAACGCUAAAAAGAGAAAGAAAGCCAAUCGAGACGAAACUGCAGUUUCUCAAACUACUCCAGGCGGCGAUGGUGUAGUUGAGCCCCCGGGGGACGAUCGCCUCCUCACGGUUCAAGACCUAGUCGCCAUCGCCGAGGAGUACGUCAGAGCAGCUAACGAUGUUGGAUCAGAGAAAAAUCCGUCUAUCAAGGGAGAAUGUCGAUCACGAGCAGUCUCUUCCGGGAUUGAUUUGCAAGGCGGUGUUACUGUUAAUAAGCACAAUUCACCCGCCGCUUCUUGUAGCUCAAUGCAGAAAUCGACCGCAGAACAAAUCCCCGUAACUGUCAGCACAACAGGGGAUCCUGCGCACGACAUGCUGCAUCUCUUUCUAGGCCCCUUGCUCGCGAAACCGAUUACGAAUGAAAAGAACGAUUUAUCAAGCAGAAUGGAUUUGGACUUUGCUUUUGAUGCAAUGAGGCAUUCUCACAAUCAUGUUGAGGCAGCAGCGGUCCCUCCUCCAUUGAAAGAAAAGAAGAAGAGCAGUCUUAGAGACAAGGUCUCUGGAUUGACAAAGGAAAUAUGGGCAGAUUUCUGAGAGCUCCCAGUGACUAUUUUCUGCAAACUAUCACCGCAUUGUGCUUGAUUGUACACAGUUCAAGUGCCUCUGGCAAUCAUUUGCAGGUAAAGGGAUCUUUAGUAAUGAUGCUGGUAUGAAGUGCUAGUCAAUGUAAAGACAAAAAGGACGAAGAUUGUGCCUGCAGGAACAAUCUGUUUCAGACAGACUUCUCAGAUUAACAUAAUAUGCGACACGUUUGCUCCAAAAGAUGCCCGGCUUUCUUGCUAUUUCCUUCUUCUUGGAUAUUGAUUUCCAAAGUGCUUGCUGCAUAACGAUAGGUAUGCAUCAUCAUAAUCAUCAGGGCUGUCGUGUCAAGAGCUCCUUGCUUGUUAAUUUUUCUACUUUUAAUUACGAGGAAUUUUUCCUUAAUGUUUUCGUCCAUCGCAGGCAGAUCAUCUAACUAUCGAUGUGUGCUCUCAUUAUGCGAUUUUCACAUGUUAUAUGAUGAUCAUCUCCACGUUCUCUGGGUGAUGCUUGAUCAGCCAAUGAUUGCUGUGGCUCUCUGUUUAGGCAGGUACCAAGGCUACUGAAGUUAACAACGCAACUCAGAAGAUGAAUCAGUUUGCACUCAGGAAUAAGGGUGGAUUCACGAAGUUUCUUUUUAUCCUUUCUCAAGAAUUCCAACCUCUGUGGGAACCCACUAAAACUACUCCGGAAGAAAUCGGCUUGGGAUCAGGAAGAAGUCAAACUUCCCUUAUUUCAGAAGAAUUUGAUGACAAAGGCCCAAUUGCAAUCUUACAACAAUCUGCUUUCACAUGUCCAUAUCCACGUGUGGGUGGUUUUGAUAUCUGUUUUUUCUUGCUCGCGCAUGUGGAAGGGAAGAAAAGGAUGGAUUUGCUUAUCAAGAAUGAAUGUGAAAUGGUGGCACCUGAGGAUUAAUCCCAUUGCACAGGUUUUACAGCCACCCAUCUGGAAUCCUUCAUGAGCUGAAGCCCCCCAACUUCAUCUUGAGACAGAAUGGUGAGAAAAUCACUAUCAGUGUGAGGCACCAAGCCAAAUACCUCUGGGGAAGUUGGACAGGCUGGGUAUCGGUUGAGGCGCAGAAAGCAACUGCUUUCUUGACAAAUGUCUUCGAAAUCCCCCCUUGAAUGGCCUAAGUUUUCAACCAAGACCCCUGCAAGUGUUCCAGCUAGCUCGGCCAUUGCUGCUGCGAAUUCCACCAUCACUUCCCUGAUGAAGAAAACAGGAAAGAGAAAAAAAAGAGAACAUCAGAGAUGAAGAAGUAAGUGGGCGAGAAGAAAUCACAAGACUUUUCUAUCUAUAGCUUUGCAACAAGCACCUUAAAGAAGUGAAGUUGUCUCCGUAGCAGUCCUUGUGGGAGACCUUGGAGAGAGGAACAUGGAAAGCCUCGGACCAUGACAACUGCUUGGGACAGGUAGCUGUGGGCGUACCCCAUCUGUAGGAAUUGUUGAGCAGCCCGCCACUGACCUUGUCGUCGAAGGGCAGUCGGAACAGCCUGGACUGCUCGCUCCUCAUCUUCCUAACGAGCCCCGGGUUGAUCCCGUGGUUGACGACCUGGAAGAAACCCCACUCCGACGAGGCCCUGCAUAUUGCAGCCGCACAAGCUGCUCUCUCCCUCUCGUCGCGGCUGCCGAGACCCCUGAGGUCUAUCAGGGGCAGCUGGCAUUCUUCCAUUGCAGCAGCAAUUGCUGAGGCCGCGGGGAGAGGAUGGUGGUCGGAAGGCGAGAGGCGGGAAACCUGCUCGUAAUGGCGAAACAGAGGAGGGUUGGUGGUCUUGAGCAUGGUUUGACGAACGAAAGAGGGGUUGAGUUAGGGAGAGGGGAGAAAGCUGGUGGUGUUGGUGAAGGAGAAGAGGGUUAAUAAAGGAGAAGAGAAGUUGGGCGGGAGGGAGAGUUAAGUUAUGUAAGAGAGAGCAUAAACAAGGAGAAAAGAACAAGAGGAAGAGAAGGAAGGAAGGCCUUCAAAAUCACGACAGUUGGCAAUUGGAGCGCAUUUCACUCUGGAAAGGUCUAUGCUUGGCUUGCUGCUGCUGCCUCCGACUUGGUCUAUGACGUACACAGGAUUUCGCUGCAUUGCUUUUAUGACACUCUGGAUUCGAUUCAUGAUUUUCACUCUGAAAAAGAAUUGAAGCUCUGUUAUGGAUUCUGU